AUGUCCACCUCAACCAACCCAAACCCCGAGACUCCAGUGUCCGACACCGUCACCCAAGCUCAAUUCCAUGGUCUCACAACCGAGGUCUCGAGCCUGACAAUAGGGAUGGCCAACCUGCAGCUCCUGCUACAAACAGCCCUCCAGGCGGCCGCCAACCUUCCCCCCGAAGCGGCAGCCACCCCGGCACCAUCCGCCGUAGCGCCCACAGCUGCCGACGUGCUUUCAUCGCACGUCCCCGGCUUCGUGCCACCCGCAUCCACCAAUCCUGCCGCUGGUGCGUCCCCUUCCCUUCUCUCCCAAUUCCCCCUGGUCGAGGCAGCAGUCAUCACGGCCAUCGUGACCCAUGAAUUUCGGUCCUCGGAUCUCUACAAGCUGGACCCCCAGUACCGAGACAAGGCCGACCAGCGCAUUCUAGCCCUCAACGGCGACACGCUGGAGCUCCAGACCGGUGACUCCUCCGCCAAGGAGUACUGGUCCCUAAGCUCAGUUAUCAUCCCCCUCUCCACCUAUUUUUCCAUCCUCAGAUCGGCAAUUGCCCCCAUGACCCCAUCCAUAGGAUCGGUCAUCUCGGGCUUCUGGGCUUACACAGCAUCGCUGAUGCAAUUCGCCUCGGAAUACAACUGGGCCGCGGUGCACACCUACCAUGCCGACUUCUUUACAGCUCGCAAAUGGGGCCGCAUAGAUCUGGACAUCCAGACCCGCCGCUUGUUCGGCCACAACAAAGCGGCGCGCCCCAAUGCUCCCGCGCCCAGUGGCACAAAGACGAGAAAGGCAGGCGGCCCUGCUCGUUUUCUCGCCCCCAAGUCCACCGGCCCCUCGCUCCUCAACUCGUUCCCUCCCAUCCACAUCCCCCUGCCUCGCCCCAACUCAGCUCCACGCGCCAAUCAUCCCACCCUCCAACCCCUGCACCGUCCGCUUGUUGCCUUGCGCCUUCACGCCCCCGCUUGGGCCCAAUUUCUUUCUGAGUACCCAGACCCCUUGUUCAUAGAUACAGUCAUGGAUAUUAUUAAGCACGGUGCCAAUGUAGGCUACCAUCACGAUCACGCACGCGCGCAGUCCAGCAAAAACUUAAAAUCCGCACUACUGCACCCCGAUGCCAUUACCGCCGACAUCGCAGCCCAAGUUGCAAAAGGCUGCACGCGUGGCCCUUUCGACGCGCCACCCCUCGUACACUUUCAAAGCUCUCCGCUCGGAGCUGUCACGCGUAAAUGGGCUACAAAGCUGCCAUCACAUAUGACACAUUCCAUCGAGCCGUUGAAGAUCUGA